AUGUAAAGGCUUAUUAAAAAAACCAUAAGCAUAUCACACACACACACACACACACACUUCCUUGGAAAUCCUACUUUAAAAAACCUCCCAGUCCUGCUCCCCAAAAGCUCAUCUUUUCAACCACAUUUAAUAGGGCUUAGUUUCUUCUUAAUAUGCCCCGCACUGGAACUCAAAGGGAAACCUCUCCCGCAUCGACACAGCGCUCACCGGAUGUUUCCUCCCUUCCCUUGUUUCCCCUUCUUCAGAUGUGAGUGCAGAUGGCGCACAUGGACGUUGGAGGGAAGAUACAGCCGAUCCGACGGCCACAACCUUGGGGAAAACUGAUCCGGCUGGGGGUGGAACAAGCCGAGCCCCAUGUCUUGUUGCUGAAGAGGGAGUGGACGAUUGGAAGGAAGAAAGGUUGUGAUUUAUCUUUUCCCGGCAAUAAACUGGUAUCUGGGGAUCACUGUAAAAUAACAGUGGAUGAAAAAUCUGGUCAGGUUUCGCUGCAGGAUACCAGCACUAACGGAACAGUUAUUAAUAAACAGAAGGUGGUGAAGAAGCAGACUUGCCCUUUACAAACUGGAGAUGUGAUCUAUGUUGUUUACAGGAAAAAUGAGCCAGAAAACAACGUCGCAUACCUGUAUGAAUCUUUGCACCCCAAAAAGGAUGCAGCUAAUGAGCCAGGAGAAGCCAAGGUUGAAAGUGCAUGCCACACAACCAAAGAUACCUCAAGUACCAGAGAAAGUGAUGAUGGGACCUCAACGGCAUCACCACCACCAGCUUCUCAGACUAGCUAUGAAGAACCACAGCCAUCCACUUCAACGUCAAACCUCUUUGAAAUUCCUACCUCUCCCACCGAGUCCAUAUCCACUGAGAAGGCGAACCUCUCAAUAUCUGGAUCACAACCUUGCACCUUUACUUCUGCACCUGCUUUGCUUACCUUGGUACCAUCUGGACCAGAGGCAUUGCUUGAACUCAGGCAGCCUGUUGUAAAUACAGAAACUUCUGAUAUUUCUUUGAGGGACACAGAGAAAACAGCACUGGCCAUGCUAGAGCUUUCAGGCAGGGAAGAAAAAGAAGAUUCAUUCCAGCCUGCUAGGAAGAAAAUCAAAAGGGAUGGCAGUGCCAGCUCUGCCCUUCAAGUGAUCACUCCAGACGAAUGUGCAAUGAAAACUGACCCUGGAGAUGCCAGAUCAGCAACCAUGAAGCCAGACAAAAUGGGAGAAAGCCUGAGCUGCAUCAUCUGCCAAGAACUGCUUCAUGACUGUGUCAGUUUGCAGCCCUGCAUGCACACUUUCUGUGCUGCUUGCUACUCAGGGUGGAUGGAGCGCUCUUCUCUCUGUCCGACUUGCCGCUGUCCAGUGGAACGUAUUUGUAAAAACCAUAUUUUAAACAACUUGGUGGAAGCAUAUCUCAUCCAACACCCAGAUAAGUGUCGUAAUGAAGAAGAUAUCCGAAGUAUGGAUGCCCGGAACAAAAUCACUCAGGACAUGCUUCAGCCAAAGGUGCGAAGGUCCUUUUCGGAUGAAGAAGGCAGUUCAGAAGACCUGCUGGAUCUGUCAGAUGUGGACAGUGAAUCCUCUGAUAUUAGUCAGCCAUAUGUCUUAUGCCGGCAAUGUCCAGGUUAUCAUCGGCAAACUGUCCCACCUCUCGCCUCUCCAGAGCAGGAAGGGAAAACAGAACCUGGGCAGGUCCCUGGAGAUUCCCCAUCGACUUCUUCCAACUUUCCAACAGCAGUCCAGGAAUAUGUCUGCCCGUCUCAAGGAAGCCACGUGUUCUGCACUUGCUGUUUUCAGCCAAUGCCGGACCGCAGAGCAGAACGGGAACAGAAUCAGCACAUUGCCCCACAGCAGUGUACCAUUUGUCUGCAGCCCUUCUGUCAUCUGUACUGGGGAUGUGCUCGUGUGUCCUGCUUUGGCUGUUUAGCACCAUUCUGUGAAAUCAACCUUGGUGACAAAUGUUUAGACGGAGUUCUUAAUGGCAAUAACUAUGAAUCAGAUAUUCUAAAGGAUUACUUGCAAUCCAGGGGGUUGACCUGGAAAAACAUGCUGAGCGAAAGCCUCCUAGCUCUUCAAAAAGGAACUUUUAUUUUACCAGAUUACCGAAUCACGGGACAAACGGUGCUCUGUUACUUUUGCGGCCUCCGCACCUUCCGAGAACUUGCUUAUCAGUACAGGCAGAAUAUUCCUGUCGUGGAAUUACCAGCGGCUGUCACGUCGCGCCCCGACUGCUACUGGGGACGUAACUGUCGGACUCAGGUGAAAGCACACCACGCCAUGAAAUUCAAUCACAUUUGUGAACAAACACGAUUCAAAAACUGAAAAGGAUUCCCAGGGCAUUUUAACUGGUCUCAGUUCUUAUAGCCUGCAAGGAGGGAUGGGAAAAUUAAACCAGAAACGCUGAGUCUA